GUUUUUCAAUAUUUGUGUUUGAUGUUGUCGUUUAACUUUUUCAGAUUCGAUAUUUUGUUUUGUGUAAAUUUACAACUCUAUUCUAUAAUACCGGGAGUUUUCUAGCAAGUUUUAAACAAACUUUGCGGUUCUGGUAAACGUUUUGAGACCAAAGUUGAUAUGAAAAGUUUGUAUAUAGUAUUCCACGGUCAACAACUUCCAUUCCUUGUGAAAACUUAAAAAUCGAACUACAAGUAAUAAUGCGACAUGCACCCCUUUCGUCCAGCAAACUUCCUUGGGCCACGCUCUUGGCGUUUGUUUUGCAAGCGGCUCUCCUAGUCUCGGCGACGUCUACCGAUGGAACGAUGAAUUCCAGGGGGACAGACGAUGACAAUCUACAGAUUGGGGCUGACAUGCCUAGAAGAGACUGGAACAGGAACCUCAACUUGUUGAACAAGCGAGGUUGGGGAGACCUUCACGGUGGAUGGGGCGUAAAGCGAAGCGAACCUUCUUGGUUAGAACAAAAUGCCUACUCAACUCCACCGAUUGUACAGAAAAGAGCUUGGAAGAAUUUUCAAAGCGGGUGGGGUAAGAGGCUAGCCCCUGACAACGAAGAUUUUACCAUGCAGGAAAUCGCUUCACUGUUGGAACGAAACGACCAUCAAAGUAUACCUGUCGAAUCAGAUUUUGACGAUCACGAAGAGGAAAAACGAUCAAAUUGGGCCAAAUUUUCAGACGGGUGGGGAAAGAGAAACAAAUGGGAAAGUUUUCGAGGUGCAUGGGGCAAACGUGAACCUGCUUGGGUAAAUUUAAAAGGACUUUGGGGGAAAAGAAGCAAUUUGGACAGCUACGUGAUCAAUAAAUAAAACCUAUUUUGGUUACAAUUGUUUCAGAAAAUUUAAAAAUGUCUUCAAAAUCAUCUCUUCAUUGGCAAUUUCUACAAAAUGUUUUUUUUGUGUUAAUAUGAGUGAUAUUUUACUGUCGUUCUGUUAAAAAAAAAAUAAAGAGUAUAAUUUGUUUUUCAAAAAAAUUAAACUCCAAAUUAAAUCAAUCGAAAUAAAAAUGAUAAUAUAGCAAACUAUACAUAUUAUAAUAUCAAUUAGUUUUAAGUAUACAUACUUUAAGAAAUAAUUAAAAAUGUGUUAUGUAUUUUUGAACAAUAUUUGUAAUUAUACCUGAAAGCAGACUAAUAAUUUAUGUGUAACUGAAUGUAAAACUAAGAAUUAUAGUUAAAAUAAAAUACAUGCUGGCAUCCUACACAAGCCUUUAUUUAUUGUUAUUCCAUACAUAUAAUUUUACACACUCUUCUCUACUUUUUAAUUUACUUUCGAUAUUUUCAACCAGACACCACCAUCUACUGCCAAAAUAAAAGCAUUAGUAACAUAUUUUAUAGGUAAUUUAGUCUUUUUGUGUAGCUCCACUUUAAAAUUAUCUAGCACAGAUAUAAUUCCAACCUUAGUUUCUAGAAGGCCAAAUCUAGAGCCUAA